AUUUUGACCAAUCAUAUUUUUUGGUAAUAAACAUGGCCGUUCCCCAACUUUGAUGCGCGUGUUCAGUGUUGGUAUCCCGUGUUACAAGUUUUCUAUAUACCGUGCGCGUGUUGAUCAGUUGGCUCAAGUUAGCUGUCUUGUGGUGGCAGGAAAAGGAAUCGGUAAAUGCAAGGCUAUAUAAAGGCUGACAGCUGUGAUUUAAUUUUAUUAUGACCAAAUUUCAAAAAUUGAAUUCAUAGCAACCUUCUUUGUGACCUAUGCCUUUGUUUGUGAUGACAAUGCACUAUCAUGGGCAAUCAGAUCAUCUGUCACCAUUGCCGCAAGAGAAGGACUGUGAGUCCACAGGAAACCAGGUUAAUUCGUAUUCUACUGGUGGGAUUGGACAAUGCUGGAAAAACCACUGCAGCAAAAUGCCUUGUUGGAGAGCCGGUCUCGGCGCCGGCGCCGACGCUGGGCUUCUCCCGACUGGAGGUGCGCCGGCGCGGCUGGACCGUCGAGCUGUACGAUGUGGGCGGUGGGCGCGGCAUCCGCGGCAUCUGGCGCAACUACCUGGCCGAGAGUCACGGCCUGGCGUUCGUCGUGGACGCCGCCGACACCGGCCGGACGGACGAGUGUCGCGACACGCUGCACGCGCUGCUCGGCGACCCGCGCGUCGCCGGCAAACCGGUGCUGAUCCUGGCCAACAAGCAGGACGAGCCGUCGGCUCUGGACGAGGUGGAGCUGAACGAACGGUUACAGCUGGAGGCGGCCGCCAACCAGCACCGCUGUCCUAUGAGGAUCGAACUGUGCGCCGCGCGGCCCGCCGCCGCCGCCGCCGGGAAGAGGAAACGCCUCGGCAUACAGACCGGCUUCGACUGGCUGGCCGACUACGUGAUCGACAAUAACUCGUCCCUGGAGCAGCGGGUGACGGCCGACCUGGCCGUGCGAGCCGUGGAGCUGGAGCAGCAGCGCCGGGCCAGGGAUGAGCGGAUCAGACGCAACAGGGAGGCGGCGGCGGCAGCAGCAGCAGCAGCAGCGGCAGCGGGGGAUGGCGGCGGGGACGGCGGAGGAGAGGGGGAGGACCGGGAACCGGACGGCGAUCCUGUGGAGACGGUGACCGUCUCUCGGACCGCCGAGUCGGAGCCGCCGGCCCUGCCCGCCACCUCCCCUACUGCCGCCCCGGCCGCCGCCCCGGCGAGCCCACCGAACUCCGACCUCCCAGCGGCAGCCGCCGAGGGGGCCCGGUCUCCGCCACCGCCUCCGGCCAAAACUCCCUCCCCCGACACUCCGCUACACCCCGAGCUGGAGGCGCAGAUACAGGAGGUGUUCACCCGUACGGAGAUGGGCCGCCUGGUGCGUGACCAGACGAGCCGGCGGGACACGAGUGACUCGGCCGGCGCCCCGGAGGCGGGGCGGUCGGCGAGCAGUGGUGGUGGUGGUCAGAAGGAGGAGAGAGGAGGAGAGGAGGGCGGCGGGACUGACCCAGAGGCCGGAGGAGGAGGGGAGGGGAGCGGGCCGACCGAGUCGGAGCCGGUGGUGGUCCACCCGGCGGGAUCCAUGGAGCCGUCCUCCGGCAGAGAGUCUCCGGACUCUCCGGUGCUGGAGAAGGACUCUGGCCAGGGCAGCAUCAAGGGGAGCGACUCGGAGACGCUGCUCUCAUCCAGCGCCUCCCAGAUGUCCACACAGGCCAACGGCGUUCCCGGUGGCAAGCGCCGGAACCGUUUCUUCAAGCGCUACACAAAGACGUCGCCGAUGCCCAACGACGUGCUGCUCGCCUCGAUGUCGUCGAUGCCGCCGGCAGGGAACGAGUGAGGCGCAGCACUGCGGUCCCCAGCGCUACCGGCUCGGAGAAAGGCCUCAGAGCUGAGGGACUUCGGUCUGGGUACCGAGGGCUGAUGCUAGGAGAGCGGAGAUCAGUCUGUAUACCGGGGACUGAUGUUGGGAGAGCAGAGGUCUGAGGCUCGGAUGGGGAAGGGUCGUCAUACUCCUGCCGUUGUCGGGUGCACUAGUCAGGCUAAGGAUAGAUUUUUAACCAGUUUCUGACCAAUUGCUGUGAUGAGACGGCUGACGAAUACCAGUGAGGUCGACACUAGUCUGAUGCAAGUGACAGGACGUCCUUGAAGGGACGUAGGAAGCUGGAUGUAACCACACUUAUAGUCUGAGUGUCUGUUGAAUCCGUUCUAGUCAUGUGUGAUGUUAGGAGGUCCACGAUGCUAGUCACCACCAUUGCUGGAUGGGUUCGGGUUCAUCUGUUCACUGGCGGGGAAAUGUAAGCAAACAAACAGGUGGGGAUGUCGGGAAUUACAUGAGGCGUGGGCGUAACGAUGAUGUUGUUGCUAUGCAUCGUGUUCUGGUAAUUUGUUUUAUGCCUCGUUUUCUAAUUUUUAUUUAUUUAUUUAUUAUUGUUGAAAAGAAAAAGUUCUAACUUAGGUCAUUAUUUAUUCCGCAACUUCUCUUAUUGUUACUUGCGUUUUGUCGUAAAUUAUUUUUGCGUAUUCUUCUUUGUUGGUAAUCGUGGUUCCCUACGAAAUCAGCUGAAGCGGCUGUAUGUUGUAUAUCGCGGAGAAACAUUGUCUUCAGGAUAGGAUUCACACGGGGCUUGCGAAAUGCUGCGAUAGACGUGCCGCGAUAUGACGCCUUUCGAACUUUGAAGCUGCUGUCCCAGACGUGACUGCAGCGUGUUCUUACCGAGUAUUUGAUUUCAUUCGACUGUCAGACUAUGUCGACCGAAACCCUGCGCCCCUGUAUGUACCGAAGGACCAAUGUCGGGUCGAACGAGAAGCGUGCCUGCAUAUUGCAGAUAACCUCUUUGCUGGAGUUUGUAUUCCGUCCACGAGUCCAGUAACUGGUCCAUACCGAUCGUCUGGAUUGGUGAUCUCGGCGCCACUUAUUGUGUGCACUCUAUAGAUCUGUUUCGAUCUCAACGUCACGUGUCAGCACCGUAGAUCAAUGAUAGUCGGCACGCUGUGUGUUUCGCACAAUAUUCUGCGUCUAGUCAGCUAGCUGUUUGUACUGGUGCCCGGUCGUGUCAACGCCGUGUCAUGGCGGCGUUUUCGUGUUGUGCACCGUCGACGUCGGGUUCACCCGUCGCACCGCCGAGCCAUCGAUUCGUCGCAUCAGUGCCUGAGACAGAGCGGGUGUAUUUUUCAUGAGCCGCGGCCGCUAAUCGUCAUCGCACAGUCCCUCUGUCGUGUCAACUCCGUCCGACUGGUUCGAGAGGAGACUGGUCGUGUCUUUUGGAUAGUGACACUUAGCGGGAAUCCAGUAUAUUCGGUCAGUCAUCCCAGCGGACACAAAAUACCCUUUUCCAUAUUAUCUAUAGCCUAUUUCACACUUGGCAAUUGUGAAAAGAUAAUGGUUGUACCGCCGGUAACCGGCAUAAGCAAACCUCACUAGCCGGUAGGCUGUUUGCCGAUGUCAUACAUCCGCUGGGUCUAGGCCCUCCAGCUGUCGAUUCGCGCCUGUUUCGUCAUCUCUGCGCCACCGACGCCACCGAUUGUGCGGUCUGAUCCAGAGCAGUACAACACGACACCGGGCCCGCCUCUACGUGACUGAUAGAUGUGAUAAUAACUUCCGUCCAUUGCGUGGUUCGAAAAUACAUUGUGCCAGUCAUUA